AAUCAAUAAUUUUAAAUAUUUUUUAUUACUUGGACACUUUUAUAAAUUCAUGAAUAUUUGAGGUUAUGUUUACACUCACACCAAGUGAUUUCAUUAAUCACAGAAAACGACAAUAAUAAUAAUUAUAAAAAUGAAACUCGAACAAUUUGACGUUAGUUACACCAGUACGAAUUGCAAUCAAACGCCCGCAGCUGCUGACUGGGGCAGGAACAAUUUAAUUUGUUAUGCAUCCAGUGACACUGUUUUAGUUUACGAUCCAAAUUUUGGAUCCGGAGGGAAAGUGAUCGACACCCUGAUUCACACGAAACGCGUGAAUUCAGUAAAAUGGGUCUGCAAACUGGAUAAACAUGAGUGUGAGACUGAAGUUGUUUCGGCUGUGGCAGAUGGACACGUUUGUAUUUGGAGCAAAAGUGAUUCUGAGGACACUUAUUCGCAAAGCUCGUUGGAUCACAAGUCAAAUGCGACAAUUGUUGAUGCAAUUUACAAGGAUGAGAAAAAUGUUAUAGUUGUUUCGGCACAUAUGGACUCAACUGUGAGAAUUGCAAACAAAGAAACCACGUCAGGAAAUUUUGACCUGAUUCAAACCCUGAACUUCGGCUACCACAUAAGCACAGCCCUAAGAAUAGCCAAAUUGCCCGACUCCAACUUAAUUCUCGCCGUAGCGCUGGACAAUUCAAAGAUAAACGUGUACACAGAACUAAACCACGAGUUUGUUGUUGGAAUGACACUCACAGGCCACGAUGAUUGGGUCAGAGGUUUAGACUUUGCCCUCAAUGAAGCAGAUUUGAAACUGGCCUCGUCGUCGCAGGACGCUUUCAUUCGAUUAUGGAAGUUCUCAACAGCGGACGAAAGGGGUACGACGUUGCAAACCAGCCAAACAACAUACAAAGUCACUUUGGAGUCCGUCCUGACUGGGCACGAGGGGUGGAUUUACUCGGUCAAGUGGAGCCCGGACGGCAAACAACUCCUGUCCGCCUCCAUAGACAAAACGUUGAUCGUUUGGGAGUACGACGCCGUGACGAAUCUGUGGCUGGACAAAGUCAGGCUGGGCGAAGUGGGCGGCAACACUCUCGGGUUUUACACCGGGGUGUUUUCGCCGGAUGGCCAGAGCAUCUUGGCUUACAGCUAUCACGGGGCCUUCCAUCUCUGGAGGCGUAACGAGGAGGUGGACAGUUGGGAGCCGCAGGUGACGGUCGGGGGGCAUUUCGACGAAGUGGUCGACCUGAGUUGGGAUCCGAAUGGGGAGUUCCUGAUCACUACUUCAAGUGAUCAAACUACCCGAAUUCACGCACCAUGGUCCAAAGACAAUAAAACUGUAACCUGGCAUGAAAUUGCCAGACCCCAAGUCCAUGGUCACAAUUUAUUUUGCCUGGCUAUGUUGUCAAGGUACCAGUUCGCCUCUGGAGCUGAGGAGAAAGUCGUAAGAGUCUUUGAGGCACCCCAAAACUUCAUUGAAAACUUCAGGAGGAUCUGUAAAAUUACCCACGAUAAAGAGGGGGACUCGUUGUUAAACUCUGGUAAACUGGAGGCAAGGGGCGCCUCCGUUCCAUCUUUGGGACUGUCGAACAAGGCCGUCUUCACCGACGACAACACCGAAGACACCAAACCCAUCGACAACAAAAAUCCUUACGCAGAAGAAUCUCUGUUCAAGGCGGCUGAGUUACACGAUCCUCCAACUGAAGAGACGCUGUUAGAAAACACCUUGUGGCCGGAGGUGCAGAAGUUAUAUGGACAUGGAUAUGAGAUUUUUUCGUUAGCUGCGUCUCCGGAUGGGAAAUUUUUGGCUUCUGCUUGUAAAUCAACGUCUCAGGAACAUGCUGUUAUAAUUAUAUGGAACACCGAAAACUGGAAAAUGGUACAAAAACUCCUGUCGCACACAUUGACCGUUGUCCAAAUGGAAUUUUCGCCCAACUCCCAGUACCUGCUGUCGGUUUCACGAGACAGACGCUGGUCCCUGUUCGAGAAGACCGAGAACGACUUCCAGUUGAUAUCCACGACCGACAAGAAAACGGGAAUACAUUCCAGGAUAAUAUGGACGUGCGGUUGGACCCACGACUCCGCCUACUUCGCCACCGGAUCCCGCGAUGCUAAAGUGGUGAUCUGGACGUUGAACAGGGGGAAGGAACGUGUGGACGCGUUGGGGCAGUGCGAGGCGGUCGAGACGUUGAAGCCGACCAAGGAUUCGGCCGUGACUGCGCUUGCGUUUGCGCCUCAGGCGAUCAACGAGGGGUACUUGAUGGCUGUUGGGUUUGAGAACGGGUCCGUUUAUUGCUAUCAGUGGAAACACGAUUGUAAAUUGGUCUUGCAAAUUGUUAAUCCGUUCUCACAUUCGCUGACGGUUAAGAAACUGAAAUUCAGACCAGCUUUGGGUAAAACUGGCGAACAUCCAGUCAACAGAAAUGUUUUACAGUUGGCUAGUUGCAGCUCCAACUUCCAAGUCAAGAUUUUUGAUAUAUUCAUCGACAAGUUGAAGAUUAUUAAUGUAUAAACUACGUUUUUGUAACAAUAAAUCAUAUACUUGUUA